ACCGUGUCAGUAGUGACGGCCCUGUGUCCCCUCCUCUCUCUCUCUCUCUGCGCACAAUCUGCACAGAUCCCAGGCUUUUUAAACACAUGGCCCCGGACUUUGCCACGACAUCCCAAAGUCAAAGUCUAUCCAUGUGUUCUACAACUCACCGACUGAACGGCAAAAGUUCUGUUCUUCACAACUAUGCCCUCUAGCUUUCCGAAGCAUCUCUAAACGGCAAAAUGAAAACAUGUUAAUAGUAUAAUGCUUUCGUCUGAAUACGGGAAAUCGAGGUAGAUGAUAGUAAAGAAGAGAUUAGCGUGAAAACAGAGAAUAAUACAAUGUCAUUCUGAAGGUAUGGAGCUCCAUAAUUACAUAGGACAUUUCUAUGUUUAAAAAACGUUAAAAAAAAGAAAAGGAAAAGUUUGGGAGAGUUUGAGGCAAAGUAUGGCGCGAGAGAAGAUUGGAGAAACCGAAGUGGUGAACGUGAAGAAACAGAGGAAAAAGACCAAGAAAGAGCACAAAACACGGACUGUUCAUUCUAACAUUUUAUAUGAUCGAACCAAAGGCGAGGACAACCCAAAUAGACACUAUUCAGACAAUGAGAUUAAAACCACAAAAUAUACUCUUCUCUCUUUUCUGCCGAAGAAUCUGUUCGAGCAGUUCCAUAGGUUUGCCAACGUAUACUUCGUGUUCAUCGCCCUGCUGAAUUUUGUUCCAGUUUGUAAUGCUUUCCAACCACAGCUGGCCCUGGCACCAGUGGUCUUCAUCUUGUCUGUCACUGCCAUCAAAGACCUUUGGGAGGAUUACAGAAGACACAGAUCCGAUAAAGAAAUCAACCACAUGGAUUGUUUGGUCUAUAGCAGGCCAGAGCACCAGUACAUGGAGCGGUUCUGGAAGGAGGCGCGUGUUGGGGAUUUCAUUAGACUGCGCUGUAAUGAGAUCCUGCCUGCAGAUGUUCUACUGCUCAGUUCCAGCGACCCGGACCGCCUGGUCCACAUCGAGACAGCUACCCUGGAUGGAGAGACCAACCUCAAACAGAGACGGGUUGUCUGCAGCUUCCUAGACCUGGAUUGUGAUUUUGACCCGUCCAAAUACAACAGCGUCAUAGAAUGUGAGAAGCCUAACAAUGACCUGGCCAGGUUCCGUGGCUACAUUACCCAUCGCAGUGGAAGGAGAGAUGGCCUGUACAAAGACAACUUGCUGCUGAGGGGCUGUACCAUCCGCAAUACAGAGGAGUGUGUGGGGAUCGUCAUCUACGCAGGUCACGAGACUAAAGCCAUGCUGAACAACAACGGCCCUCGCUACAAACGCAGUAAACUGGAGAAACAGAUGAACGUGGACGUGGGCUGGUGCGUCAUCAUCCUAUUGGUCAUGUGCCUGCUCUCUGCUAUCGGUCAUGGCUUGUGGAUGUAUCAGUACGGAGAUAAGAGACCCGUGUUUGAUGUCCUUAGUCCUGAAGGAGCCGAGCUGUCACCUGUCCUGUCUGCCGUCUAUCUCUUCCUCACCAUGAUCAUCGUCUUUCAGGUCCUGAUCCCCGUCUCGCUGUUCGUGUCCAUAGAGAUUGUGAAGAUCUGUCAGGUGUAUUUCAUCCAUCAGGACCAAGACCUGUACGAUGAGGAGACUGACUCUCAUCUGCAGUGUAGAGCUCUGAACAUCACCGAAGACCUUGGGCAGAUGCAGUACAUCUUCUCUGACAAGACCGGAACACUCACAGAGAACAAGAUGGUGUUCAGGAGAUGUACGGUGGCCGGGGUGGAGUAUAGUCACGAUGCCAACGCGAGGCGUCUGGCCAUGUACCAGGACCUGGUGGACUCAGAGGAGGAGGACUGUACGUCCCACAGUGGCACCUUGCCCAGACGGGACAGCGUCACCAGCAACCAGAGUGCUGCCAAGGUGGUGCUGCGCUCCCAGAGCACCAAGUCCCACCGCAGGACUGGCAGCCGGGCCGAAGCCAAGAGGGCCAGCAUCCUGUCCAAACACACUGCAUUCAGCAGCCCCAUGGAGAAGGACAUCACCCCUGACCCUCAGCUCCUGGAGAAAGUCAACCACUGCAGCAGCCAGAUGACCUUCAAGAGGUUCCACAGCCAGUCCCUCUCUCAGCUGCCCUCUGACCUCACGGACAUCAUCGACUUCUUCAUCGCCCUCACCAUCUGUAACACAGUGGUGGUGUCAUCACCCAAUCAGCCACGGCAGAAGGUGCGGAUGAGGUUUGGGCUGAAGUCCCCAGUGAAGACUAUCGAGGACUUCAUCAAGCGCUUUACCUCUAGCCGUCUCACCUCCAACUCCAACAGUAGCAGCUCUUCCAGCCUCAACCGCUCCUCCCACCGUGAAUGUUCCAGUGUCCUCUCCUCCCCCUCAGCCGAGAGCACCCUGACUAAAUUAGAUGAGGAGCAUCACCUUGGAGGUUCGGUGGGUUUGGAACAUGCCUUCUCCCCCGUCCCUCCUCACACUACCGAGGGAGAGCCCGGGGCCCUAGAGGAAGGAGAGCUCCGCUACGAGGCAGAGUCACCUGACGAGGCUGCCCUGGUGUAUGCGGCGCGUGCCUACAAGUGUUCUCUGGUUGGCCGGCUACCUGAUCAGGUGACGGUGGAGCUACCUGACCUGGGGAAGCUAAGCUUUGAGCUGCUCCACACUCUGGGGUUUGACUCCACCAGAAAGAGGAUGUCUGUGGUGGUGAGACACCCGCUAACAGAUCAGAUCACCGUCUACACUAAAGGAGCUGACUCUGUCAUCAUGGACCUCAUCACACUGCCAUCUACAGAUGAUUCCAAAGGGAAACGCCAAAGAAAGAUCCUAUACAAGACCCAGAAUUACCUGAACCUCUAUGCUGCUGAUGGUCUUCGUACUCUCUGCAUCGCAAAAAAGGUUAUGACUAAGGAGGAGUAUGCUGUCUGGUUGCGACAUCAUCUGGAGGCAGAGACGGCCAUACAGGGAAGAGAAGAGCUGCUGUUUCAGUCUGCUCUGAGACUGGAGAUUAACCUGCAUCUAUUAGGAGCAACGGGUGUAGAGGACCGUCUACAAGAUGGUGUCCCAGAGACCAUUGCGUCGCUGCGGAAGGCAGGGCUCCAGAUCUGGGUUCUGACGGGGGACAAACAGGAGACAGCCAUCAACAUCGCCUAUGCUUGCAAGCUGCUGGAACCUGACGACGAGAUCAUCACACUCAACGCUGACUCUCAGGAGGCGAUGGCAGUCCUUCUAGAGGAGAGUCUACACUACAUCCAGGCUAAGUUCCUGUCCUCGGAUCCUUCCAGAUCCUUUCAGAAAGACUACGCUCCAGCCUACUCCUUCCCCCCUCCUCCUCCUCCCUCCCCCUCCUCCUCCCAGACCCAGUCCUUCCUGGUGCACCGGCUGGGUUUGGUGAUUGACGGGCGGACGCUGGCCUACGCGCUGGACAGCAGCCUAGAUGAGAAGUUCCUGGCGGUGGCGAGGAGCUGUCGGUCAGUCCUCUGCUGUCGCUCCACACCACUGCAGAAGAGUAUGGUGGUUAAACUGGUCCGGAACAAACUGAAGGUCAUGACACUGGCCAUAGGUGAUGGGGCUAAUGAUGUCAGCAUGAUUCAGGUGGCUGAUGUGGGCGUCGGCAUCUCAGGACAGGAGGGCAUGCAGGCUGUGAUGGCUAGUGACUUUGCCCUACCGCGUUUCCGGAACCUUCAGAAGCUCCUGCUGGUCCAUGGUCACUGGUGUUACUCCAGACUGGCCAACAUGAUACUGUACUUCUUCUACAAGAACGCUAUGUUCGUAGCGCUGAUCUUCUGGUACCAGUUCUACUGUGGUUUCUCUGGGUCAGCCAUGAUAGACCAGUGGUAUCUGAUCUUCUUCAACCUCAUGUUCUCUGCCUUCCCUCAACUCAUCACCGGUACCCUGGAUAAAGAUGUAUCCUCAGAGACCCUCCAAGAACUGCCUCAGCUCUACAUGAACGGACAGAACUCAGAGGAAUACAAGCCAUAUAUGUUCUGGAUGACCAUGAUAGAUGCCUUCUACCAAAGCCUGGUGUGCUUCUUUAUACCCUACUGUGCCUAUGCUGACUCUGAUGUGGACUUGUUGACCUGGGGAACCCCCAUCACCACCUUGGCUCUGUUUACUAUACUGAUACACCUGGGCUUGGAGACCAAGACCUGGACGUGGAUGAACUGGGUGUCCAUCACCUUCAGUGUGGGUCUGUUCUUUACUGUGGCUCUGUGUUACAACGCUUCCUGUCCCACAUGCUACUCCCCCUCCAACCCUUACUGGACCAUGCAGAGACUGCUGGGGGAACCGGUCUUCUACCUGCUCUGUGUCAUCACUCCUGUAGCCGCCCUGCUGCCCAGAUACUUCUACAGGGCGUGUCAGAGCUCUCUGUUCCCCACUCCAGUCCAGGUCGGCAGGCAGCUGGACAAACUGCCCAGUGACACCCGUAGAAACAUCCUCAGUCUCAGCCGAGUCCAGGCCGGGUCACUUCUGCAUCUCAGACCGCCCUUCCUGUCUUCACUUUCCUUCACUGGACCCUUGACUAAAGACUGCAGCCACAGGGCCACUUCCACACAGAACCAGUACAGCUUCACCAGGGGCCCGGCCAAGAGUCCUGAGGGCCGUCUGGACCUGUCCUUACGGGGGGAUGAGGCUGGGAAGGAUCAGGGGAAGGGCUGGGGCUCUGGCAGUCCUGGAGACAGUCAGAGGAGGCUUGAAGAUGAUGAUCAGUACACACUGGCCUCCACAGAGACUGAUACUCUGCCGUAUACCAAAGCCAAAGAAGCUCCUCGGCCUGAGGCAGGGUUUAUGGCUGGAGCAGGGGCCGGGAGUAUGGCUGGAGCAGGGGCUGGGAGUAUGGCUGGAACAGGGGCUGGGAGUAUGGCUGGAACAGGGGCUGGGAGUAUGGCUGGAACAGGGGCUGGGAGUAUGGCUGGAACAGGGGCUGGGAGUAUGGCUGGAGCAGGGGCUAGGAGUAUGGCUGGAGCUGGGAGUAUGGCUGGAGCAGGGGCUGGGAGUAUGGCUGGAACAGGGGCUGGGAGUAUGGCUGGAACAGGGGCUGGGAGUAUGGCUGGAACAGGGCCUGGGAGUAUGGCUGGAACAAGGGCUGGGAGUAUGGCUGGAGCAGGGGCUAGGAGUAUGGCUGGAACAGGGCCUGGGAGUAUGGCUGGAACAGGGGACGGGCCUGAUUACCUUCAGGCUCCUCUCACCCAGGACAAUGACUGUCAGGACAUUACUCUUCUUGAUCCCUCGGACCUAAAUCUGUCCAGCUUUAUCACCUCCACACCCCUUCUGACCACAACCCAGUCAGAGACCAUCCAACUGACUCUGCCCCCUGCUGGUGGUUCCCAGUCUGCAGCCUACAGACGGAACUAUGAGAACCAUGACACUACGCCACACAGACCACCUGACCACAGGCUCCUCCCUCCUACAGACAGACCAGAACACCCCCAGGCCACGCCUACCUGUCCUAAAGAAAACGUGUGGCUCCAAACCACCUCUCUAUGAUGUAUUAUAGCCUUAAUAUCUAUGUAUUGUUCUUCUCAGAUUUACAUGAUAGCUCUAUUGAAUUCUAUUUUUCAAGAGGAUUUAUUUUAUCAAAGUUAUUAUCAUCAUUAUUCAUGUACAUUUAGAUGUUUUAUGUUAUAGGUCCAAUAGCAGCCGCUUUCAUCUCCAUAUCAAAUCAUUUCUGGGUAACAAUUAACUACCGUAACUGAUUGUUUUCAAUUAAAAGGGUCAAAAAGAAACAUAUCAAUUUCUCAAGCAAGAAUUUAGCUAGGACUGUCUGGGAGUGGUUUGAGUGGGGAGGGGAAUACUAGAACUCUUUCUUAUUGGUCUGUUAACUCAUUUACCGCAUGGUGAUGUCACCAGGCAGGUCAAAACGACAUCCCACCAAACAGGCUGAAAUUUGAGGCGGUCUUUUCAAACAGCUUUUACACUAAAAGGGCAUUAUUAUGAUUUUCACAAUUUCACAGUAUUAUUCCAAUAUCAUAGUAUGGAAAUAUACACUCACUGGACAGUUUAUUGGGUACACCCAUUUAGUACCGAGUCGGACCCCCCUUUGCCUCCAGAACUUUGUGUCUUUGUGGGCAUGGAUUCUAAAAGAUGUUGGAAACAUUCCACAGGGAUGUUGGCCCAUGCUGAGAUGAUGGCAUCGCAUAGUUGCUGCUGAUUGGACAACGGUACGUUCAUGCUGCCAGCGGCCUGCUCCUUCUCAUCCCAAAGGUACUCUAUUGGGUUUGGACAGCAACAAUGUUCACAUGCUGUGGCCUUCAAUCCUUGCUCAAUUGGUAUCAAGGGACCUAAAUGUGUGCAAGCAAAACAUUCCCAACAGCGCCAUCUUGUACCAUUGAGACCAGGCAGGAUGCUGACUCUGCCAUGAGCAUGACGCUACAGAAAUCGUGUUUCGACGGACCAGGCGAUGUUUCCACUCCUCAAAUUGUCCAGUGUUGUUGCCCACUGGAACCUCUUCUUCUUGUUUUUAUCUGAUGGGAGUAGAACCCGGUGUUGCAAUAGAACCAUCCGUGACAAAGGCCGACGAGUUGUGCGUUUCCGAGAUGCUGUUCUGCACACCACUGUUGUACUGUGUCGUUAAUGGUCUGUUUGUGGCCCGCCUGUUAGCUUGCACGGUUCUUCUUCGACCUCUCAUCAACGAGCUGUUUUCACCCACAGGACUGUCGCUGACUGGAUGUUUUUGUUAGUCGCACCAUUCUUGGUAAACCCUAGACACUGUCAUGUGUGAAAAGCCCAGGAGGGCAGCCGUUUCUGACAUACUGGAUCCGGCGUUGUGAUCCACUUUUGUGAACAUGGUGUUGUACCUAUUAAACUGGCUGGUAAAACACAGGGAAAUCACGUUUUUGACUGCACUGGGCCUUUAUAUAAAAAUACAAAACAUUCAGAGUAGAGUUUAUACAACUGGAUUUUCUGUGUGUAUUAUCAUUUUGGGAAGAAAGCUGUCCGUUAUGUGAAUACUGGAAGGGUUUGUUUGAAACCAGAGAGCAAGACCACACAGGCUUUCUGUUAUCAGUGUGUUUGGAAUGAUUUCUUGUCUCUGAUAGGAAGGGAAGCACAGAGCUGCUGUUCUGCUUCGUAUCCAUCCCCUCAGCCUGGUAACCUAUUGACUGUGUACCAAAGUGCCGUUGCUCUUCAAUCUUGUUAAUAAGAAUAAUUAGCUGGGGGUUUAUUUCUUCUAUUUCACACAUGUACAAGACUGUAUUAUUACACAUGUGAAUUGGAAAUGUAUUUUUUUGCACAUCCCCCUGAGACACAUCCUCAGAGUGUGGUCAAGGCCUGGGAUAUUAGCCAUUAAUGAUGGUGACCCUGGACAACUCCCCGUGAGACACAGCCUCAGAGUGUGGUCAAGGCCUGGGAUAUCAGCCAUUAAUGAUGGAGACCCUGGACAACUCCUCCUGAGACACAGCCUCAGAGUGUGGUCAAGGCCUGGGAUAUCAGCCAUUAAUGAUGGCGACCCUGGACAACUCUGGACAACAAUUCGAGCCAGCGACCUUUCGGUUACUGGCUCAACACGCUUAACCGCUUAGGUUCCUGCCUUUCAGUGUUCCUCCUUAAUGUACUGUGAGCAGGACUUGAUGCAGGGCUUGAUGCAGGGCUUGAUGCAGGGCUUGAUGCAGGGCUUGAUGCAGCCAAUGCUACCUGCUUGUUUAGAAGUCUGCUUUUCAGAAGCAAUGUGCCUUUAACAGUAUGCUUGAAAAUAAAUCAACGUGACUCUGGAUGAAAACAUAAUGAUGUUUGUUUCCAACAUUAGGGCUGUUUUCCUAAAGAAGUUAGAUUUAGUUUCGUUGUUUUGCUUCCUUGCUUGUGUCUUCCCGGGCCCUAUGAGUUACCUGUUAUUGUGUCCCAAAUGGCACCCUAUUCUCUGUAUAGUGACCUAUAUUUGACCAGGACUCAUUGGGAAUAGGGUACCAUUGAGAACUAAAAGUUACUUAGUUAGCGCUAUUGAGAUUAUCGCUGCGGUAGUUUUCCUACUUUAACCUCAAUGUAAUCCACUGUCACAUUCCAAUAUGCAGAGAACUCUGUAACAAGUCAUAAAAUACACCAAGAAGUGGAUUUAAAACUAUUUUUGAAUGAUGUUUUCCUUUUCACAGUUGAUGUAAAAUGGGUAAUUCUGUAUGACAUUCUUACAACAACAACAAAAAUGUUCCUAUGCUCUUUGUCUUGUUGUAGAAUAUUGACAUGGAAGAGUUAAUUGCAACCAUACCAAAGCCAAAUCUUUUGUUACUCAACGUUAUUAUAUUAUUAAGUUUAGAUGAAGUUAAACCAUCUCAAAAGUGUUGUCAGUGUCCAUAUUGUGAUGCUCUCUUUAAGCCAAAUACACACAAAGGAAGUGCUUGUUCCUGAAUUGCAGGGACGUUUUAAGCAGUCUAUGGUUUUCUUGAUGUUUUUAAAACGACUGUUUGCUGCCUUUGUCUUUUCAUAAAUCAGACCAGCCUUUUAUCAAAUGUUCCUUUAUGUGCCAGGAAGUGUGCCUUAACACUGGAUUAAUUAAAUAUAUUUCUUCAUACAUGUUCAUCAUAUUGUUCAGUUAAUUGAGAAGGAUAACAAAUAAAUGAAUCGUUUUUCUUAAUGUUUUUUAAACAGA